AACUCAAUCAAAUUUCGAUAAGAAGAAAUUGUGAGAAUGUUUAAAAAAGGUUCGGGUGUGUUGUGGCAAUUGCGCAAAAAUUACAGUACGAAAAUUGGGAUUGUGGGGGUGCCUUUCGAGGAAGGUCAGGGCAAAGUUGGGGUUGCUAACGGACCGGAAGCGAUGCGCAAAUCAAAUUUAAUCGAAAACAUAAAAUCAAUUCACCAAGAAAUCGACGUCCACGACUACGGAGACGUCUGUUACACGUCCCUGGAAAAUGUGGAGGUUCCCAACAUGAGGAAAUACUCGGACGUGGCGGCUUGCAAUUUGCAGGUCUCCCGAACUGUCGAAAAAAUCCUAAACGAUGGAAGAAUCUGCCUAACUCUAGGCGGUGACCACUCAAUCGGUAUCGGCACUGUGGAUGGCCACAUCAAGGCCAAAAACGAAAAAGUGUGCAUACUAUGGGUGGACGCACACGCUGACUUGAAUACGAACAAAACUUCCGUUUCGGGAAACAUCCACGGGAUGCCUCUUGCCAUCCUGGUGAAGGAGUUGGCCGAUUACUGGCCGUACCUCCCGGGGAUGGACUGGCAAAAGCCUGUGCUACCGAUCCGAAAUGUGGCCUACAUUGGCUUGAGGUCGGUGGAUUCGUACGAAAGGCUCAUUAUUGAACAGUUUGGGAUCACAGCAUAUGGGAUGGAAGAUGUGGAGAAUUACGGGAUUCAUAAUAUUGUGAAUAUGGCCUUGGAUAGGAUUGACCCGCAUCGCAUGCUUUCCAUACAUUUGAGUUUUGAUAUUGAUAGUUUGGACGCGUUGGAGGCGCCGUCCACGGGGACCGCAGUCCGUGGAGGCCUAACUCUGCGUGAAGGCAUCCACCUGGUGGAACAAAUCCACAAGACGGGCCGUCUGGGGGCGAUGGACUUGGUGGAAGUGAAUCCCUCCAUAGGGUCCCCCAAAGACGUCCAAAAGACAGUCGAGGCUGCGGUCCAUUUGCUCAUGGCAGCCUGUGGCUACACGCGUCGUGGGCUAAUACCACGAGGACCCGACGGCUCACCCAUCAGAACAAUUCCAAGUCCCGUUUAAAUAAAGCGAUUAAAAAGACAAAA